UCAGUCAAUAACUCCAUGUCAUUCGUGAAAAUAUUGUCUGAUUCUGGGUCCGAAUAUUUUUUGCACUUUAAAAUAUAAAAAUAUUUUUAUCGUAAUUAUGUGGCACUUUUAAUGAGUACUAACUGUGUUAGAUACCUACAUUUUACACUGUAAAAAAUAAAAUAGUAGAUAUACGUGUCUCAUUCCUAAACCAGUCUUCGAUUAAUGCGUGCACUUUUAACCUUACCAAGGAUUGCAGCUAUGGUACUGUCGAAGGCUGGCGCUGAUAUUUCACAAGUGAAUGACAGUCACUUGUCAUCUACCCAAAAGAGAAGAAUCAGGAGAAAAAGACUUCAAGCGGCAUUAAGUGGACCUCUACCAGUAGUAAAUGAAAUAGGUAAAGCAGAUAUCAAAACUCAAACAUUACAAUUUAAUGUUAAUCUUGAAUCACAAAACAUAGCACCAAGUGAAAUUAUAUCAACAGCUAUAACUAAAGUAGAUUAUGCUACAAUAAAAAGUAUAAAAACAGAAAAUAAUAAAUAUAUUAUGGAGAAAUCUAGGGAUGAAGUAUUAGCUGCAAGAGAAGCUAAGAAACUAGCCAAACUCAAAGCAAAAGGUAAAGGUGCUCCAGAUAAAGUAGAUCCUACCAAAGAAACAGAGAAAAAUACAGAAGCAAAAGUAGUAACAAAGCAAGAAGUGAAACAAAAUCUUGGAACUCCACCAAAGGCACUUCAAGCAAAAACAGAAUCUCCCAAAGGAAAAGAUGAAGUAGACAAAGCUGUACUUAAAGCAACUGAUUCACAGCUUAGUGAUAAAAGUAAGGAUCAAAUUAAAGCUGAAAGAGCUGCAAAGAAAGUGGUUAAACAGGCAAAGAAGAAGGGUGAAGAGUCUGGUGACGCUGUGAGAAGUGAAAUGACUGUUAAAGAUGUAGUUGCGACUUUGAUAGAUAUAGCAAAUGUUGCUAAAGAUAUAGACAAAGUUACAGAUAAAGUACAAGCUAUCAAUUUAGAAGCUAAAAACGAAAAGCCACAGCCAACAGAGGAAAGUGGUAAAAGUAAAGCGGAGUUGCGAGCGGAGAGGCGCGCGAAGCAGGAAGCGCAGCGCGCGGCGAAGCUCGCGGCGGAACUCAAAGCCAAGCCCAAGGACGUCAAAGUCCCAGCUAAGGUUGCUAAGGAAGAUGCUGUGGUUAAGAGAGAGAGUACGCCUACCAAAGCGAAAUCAGUUGAGCGGACAAAGCCUAAACCUGCAAUCAGGGUGAACUGGUUCCAGCAUCUCACAACAGAACAUGAUAAGGAGUCAUUGAAUAAAGUGCCUUUAAAUUCCAAUUUACACCCGGCCAUUAUUAAGUUGGGUGUGAAGCUUGCUUCAAAAGUCGUGACUGGAUCUAAUGCCAGGUGCAUAGCUCUGCUUGAUGCUUUGAGAAAGAUGGUAACAGACUAUACGCUGCCAGCGAAGACGGAAUACGCGCGCGGUUUGGAAUCGCAACUGACAGCCAGUCUAGAGUAUCUGUGGUCGAUGCGACAGCCCUGCGCCGCGCAGAGCAACGCUGUCAAAUACUUCAGGCACCAGCUGACGCAGUUACCCAACACCGUGGAUGAAUAUGACGCCAAGAAGAAGCUACAAGACGUGAUAGACAACUACAUACACGAACAGAUAGACACGGCCGGCGAGGCGAUCAGUCUAGCUGUACGGAACAAGAUCCUGCCCGGUGACACAAUUCUCACAUUUGGCUGCUCAUCCCUAAUAGAACGCAUUCUAACAGAAGCGUGGGCCGACAAGCCGCUUUUCAGUACUGUGGUGGUCGGCCACCGCACAAACGACAGCGGGAGGGAAAUGUUAAGGCGGCUGUCAGCUAAAGGACUGCCCACUACCUACAUUGAUAUCACUGCAAUCAGCUUCUUUAUGAAAAAUGUGAACAAAGUGGUGCUGGGCGCCAGUUCGCUGCUGGUGAACGGGUCCGUGCUGGGCGCGCUGGGCUCGGCGCAGACGGCGCUGGCGGCGCGCGCGCACAACGUGCCGCUGCUCGUCGCCUGCGAGACGCACAAGUUCUGCGACCGCGUGCAGACCGACGCCUUCGUCUACAACGAGCUGGGUGAUCCGGACGACCUAAUUGACAAAACAGACGACAACUCACCAUUAAAGGAUUGGCGUUCGAAUCCCAACCUGACUCCGCUGAACAUAAUCUAUGACGUCACUCCUCCAAACCUCGUCACAGCAGUUGUCACUGAACUUGCCAUUUUGCCGUGCACGAGCGCGCCUGUGGUCCUGAGAACGAAGUUAGCAGAACAUGGAGUCUAAAUAGCAACAUUUUGCAUAACUCGCAUAAGUUUGAAUAAACAGCCAAUACUAUUAAGUCUUUGAAGGUAGAUAGAAUAUUUGUAUGUGAAGACAGGUUUAUCUUCAUUAUCCUAAUAAUGUCCUUUUGCUCUCAAUGUACUAUAUGUAUACAAUUAAGUACUUUUUUCUAAUUGUACGUAUGAAUUUUCUAAAAUUGUGGAUGUAAAAUAUAUGAAAUGCUGUAAAUACACUUUCAUGGAAAUAUUUUCUUUUCGUGUACAUAAAAUAUUUAUAAUUUACUGAAAAUGUGAUAACAUUUCAAUAAAAAUGUAAAUCCAUUAA